AUGACAUCUCAAAUGGAAAACGCAACUCCAUCUAACGUACCAUAUACGUUUGAACAUUCGAAAAAUCUCGGGAACAAAAUUCUCAAGCCAAUACGCCAAGAAAAAGUCGUUAAAGUACCUGUAACUAAGUAUGUAGAAAAACUCAUAGAAAGAGAGGAAGUCAAAUAUGUAAAUAAAUAUGUUGAUGUUAUAAAACCAAUAAUUACAUACAAAACAAAGCACAUACCCAAGCAUAUAUAUUUAGAUAAAAUAAAGUAUGAGCCUAAAUUAAUAGAAAAAGAAAAAAUUAUCCAUAUCCCAAAAAUCGAAUACAGAAAUAAAAUUGUAGAAAUACCAGUAUAUAUCCACAAAGAAAAUAUAAUAGAAAAAAAAGUUCCAAUAAUUAUCGAGCAUGUUAUACCAGUUCUUAAAGUUAAUAAAAUUGAAAAAGAGAUUUUAACUGAUAUGAUACAUAUUCCAGAAAUUUGCAAUAUGCCAAAAAAUGAAGAUAUUAUCAGAAAUGAAGUUUCGUCAAAUAAAUCAGUAGAAGAAAAUAAAACUUCUGUAGUAGGUAUAACAAAAGAAGACACAGAUAUUUACAACAAAGAAACAUAUAGAAACGUAGAUUCAAUUGAAGAACCAGCUGCUAUUAAUGAGCAAAAGGAAAUAUCCAAUUACGAAAAGGAAAAAAUAAAAAGAGAUGAUGGAAGCAAUCGUUCUGUCAGUAAAUCACCAUCUAGCGAAGGUUCUUAUAAAGUGACAAUUGAACACAAAAAUGAAACCAUGUAUAAUGAUGAAACAAAUGAAGAUGCUCAUUAUGAUGAAAUUCCAGAAAAUACCUCCAAUAUGAUGAAUAAUGUAAAUAAUUUAAAUGAAAAUUAUUAUGAUGUAAAUGAAAAUCGUAGAAAUCAAAACAUAUCUCAUCUUAGUAUACACUUACCUAUAAGUCAAAAAGUAUCUCAUGAAUCUGCUGAACAAGCUUAUACAAAUAUUUCUCACAAUAAUAACAAAAAUAGCUAUGUUCCCUCUUUAAAUCAUUUAAUAAAAAAUGAUCAAUAUAUUAACUAUAAUAAUAUGGAUAAUAGAUAUUCUGAGAGAAACAUGAAUGAUUUAAUAAAUAAUCAGUAUGUUCAAGAAUCAUUCACAGGCUCAAGAAGAAAUAUACCAUCAUAUGCAAAUGAAAACAUGUCACAACAAUAUCAUGAAAAUUUAAAGAAUUACAUUGAAAUAGAUCAACAAAAAAUACAUAUUCCAUCAAAUAUGAACAUUUCUUGCGAAAAUUAUUCUGUAUCACAGAAAGUUUGCAAUAAUACUAGUCAAUAUGAUGUAGACAAAAAAAGUUUCACUCCUUAUUAUGCUAAUAGUAAUGGUCAGGCAUUUGUAUCUGUACGUCCAGCAACAAUCCUAGAAUAUUCCCCAAAACCAAGAAAAUUCAAAUCUAAAUUUUGCAAUAUAAUGAAUAAAUGUUGUGGUGGUGAAUAA